GAAAAACUCAAUACUGUGUCUUUUUUAAGUUUUAUGUGAUAUUUAUUUAUUAAAAAUAAAUACAUUUUAAGUGUUGUAGACCCGUAAAAUAGAAAAGAAAUCAGGUGAUACAUUUUAAACUUUUAACAUAGCUUGUUUUAUUCGCCAGUUUGUUUAAUUUACAUCACCCGUUGAUUUGAAACGGAAAAAACCGUGGUCGUGAGGGCGAUUGUUAGGACCGCUUAGUGAAAUAUAGCCCUAAUGUCAAAAGUCUAUGCUCAAAAGGGCUUGAGCUCACUCAGAGCCGUUAUAGAGAUUAGACAAUAAAAAAAAAGAUUAAUGUCAAAUGUCAAUGUAAUGUCGUACACAGCUGUGCUAAUUUUUUUGUACAAAACAUUUAAGCUCAGUUUGCAACUUUGUAGUAGUGAAAUUAAUCAAAGAAUAAGAAUAACAAAGUGAUCGUAUUGUGUGUGUAGUAUCUAAAUCUAAAUGAUAUUAUCGAUAUGUUUCUUUAUUGAUUUUCAAUAAAAAUGGAACAAAACAACCUGAAUGGUUCGCCAAGUUCUCCUUCAAAGCCUUUCUAUGAGGCCCGCGAUUAUGACUUACAAUUCCCAACAUGGAGCUUGGAGUAUCUGAAAACAGCUGCAGUAGAUCAGAAAUUAGUGCGACCAAGGAGUUUGGCUUGGGCUAUUUUAUUAAAUGCUAUUCCAUCGCCAAGUGGAGAUGUUUUGAUGAGUAUAAGAGGCCACAGGAAUUUCUACAAUGACUUGAAAAAAAAACUUUCAAUGGAUCCUAGAGCAGUGAUCGGAGAUGACCCUCUCUCGCAGAAUGAUGAGAGCGCAUGGAAGCAGCAUUUUUGUGACAAUGAACUUAAGGCGUUGAUACUACAAGAUGUCGUCCGAACUUUUCCUGAUGAAGCGUAUUUCCGUGACAAAGACGUGCAGGACAUGAUGGUGCGUGUGUUGUUCUUCUGGGCGCGUUCUCACCCGAGCCCCGGGUACCGACAAGGCAUGCACGAGAUCCUCGCGCCAGCGCUCUACGAACUGCACUGCGACAGGAUAUUCGCUCCGCAACACUUGAGUGACACUUUACGGUAUUAUCUCCAGGAAGAAUACUUAGAACACGACAGUUACAUGCUGUUUAGCGCCAUAAUGAAAGGGCUGGAGAAGUUCUACUCCACCGGUGACGUCAUCCCCAACAACUGCGGCCGACUGCCCACCUCCAGAACUGCACACAGUCAAAACGAAGUGGUGCGGUACCUGGAGCGCCUGCGGGAGCAGCACCUGGCGCCGGCCGACCCGGAGCUGGCGGCGCACCUCGCCGACUGCAACAUAUCCUUGGAGCUGUUCGGAAUACGUUGGCUGCGACUGCUGUUCGGGCGUGAGUUCCCGCGCGCGGAGAUCCCGCUGCUGUGGGGCUUCCUGUUCUCGGACGGGCCCAUGCUGCCCAACCUGCACUACGUCAUCCUCGCCAUGCUGCUGCCCGUCAGGAGCUUGCUGUUGGAGAGCGACGCGGGCGGCGCGCUGGCGCUGCUGAUGCGGCCGGCGGCGGUGUCGGCGGCGCACGUGUGCGCGCUGGCGCUGCACCUGCGCGCGCCGCACGAGCGCCCGCGCCCGCCGCCGCCGCACCUGCACAACAACGUUCGGCCCGACAGCGUGGUGGACGCGUCCAGCUCGACGUGGAGCUUCGAGCAGCGCGCGGAGGAGGAGGCGCAGUCGUCGGGCUCGGAGGGCGUGGCGGAGGGCGGCGACGUGGCGCGCUCGCUGGCGGCGCUGGCGCUGCUGCGCGCGCGCCUGCCGCCCGCCGCCGCCGCGCUGCAGGCCGCGCUGCCGCGCCCGCCGCCGCAGGCGCUGCAGCCGCUGCAGCAGAUCUUGCAGUUGGCAGCCCUGCUGCAGUGCCGCAACCACGCGCUGAUAGACGUGGAGACAGCCCUGGAGGCGGCAGAGAACCAGUCCACCUACAGCCUCGGCCGGCGACAGCUGGUGCCGGUGGUAGUGCUUCCCCCGCACAAGCAGACCACCAAACAGCCCCCCAAACAGACCCUCAAACAGACCAAACAAGUGAGGAAAGUGAAAGAGGUACCCCUAACAGUGUUCCACCAAAUGGAGUGCGACAGUUCUAGUGAUUUGCCAUUUCUAGACCCGCUGCGGCUACGGACAGAAUGACUACGACGGAAAAUUAUGCUCUAUAGCUAUUACCAUUAGGUUUAUAUUUGUGUGAAUUAUUGACUUUUGCGGAAUGUGGAUUGAAUUCUGUUUUAGAGCUUAAAUAAAGUAAAAUCCUUUGCAUUAUAUACCCAUAGGCACAAUUAUCCGCCCACUUUAAUAUGACGCGAGUAUAAUAAAAUGUGCGGAUAAUUGUGCCUCUGAGUAAAGCUCAACAUAGAAAAUCUAUUAUGGGUUCCUAUUAAAAUUAAUGAGAAAAGACUUGGUUCAGCCAAAAAGAAUUGAUAGUGACAAUGGCAUUUGAAUUUCGUUAGUACUGUAUACUAAUAAAAUAAGUUAACUAUUAACUAUAAAAAAAACAUGCUAUUUGUUAAUAUUACAGCUUUCAUAUUCGAGAAAUAUGUAAAAAUAAAUAGAGAUUGAAUGUACAUAUUGACCACGGACGGAUUAGCUUUUAACUAGACGCCGCUUUUUCUGUAGUAAAAUGAAUAUUAAACAAAUAUCGAUUGUUAGUAGUAGAUGUCUUUAUGCCAGAGUUUGUUCAAAGAAGUACUACCGACAUCCAACGAUUUUAUACUGUUCGAUAUUUUAUGUGCCUACAAAAUCACCGCAAAAAGUAAUCCAAAUUUAGCUGAGCGCACACAUUCACAAUUUUGUUGUUAUAUAUUUAUGUAUGUAUUAUUUAGUCGCUUUCUCAGCGCUUUAAUCCGAAAACAGUUACAGAAAAACUGCAAAAGACAUUUUAUGAGGAUCAAUUUUUAUAAUGACCUCUAUUGACCUCCGAACUACUAGGUCGCGAAAUAUUUGCGAAAAACUGAUUUACGUGACCUUUUGACCUUUGUUACUUUUUAGCUGGCACGAUAUCGAUGUCGAUUUUUCACAUCUUCUUAAUAACACCGCAAUAAAGGUGUAUACAAAAAUUCAGUUCAGUUCAGAAUUUUUCCCCAGAUUUGUAUUUAAAAUGCCUAAAAAUACUGGACUACUAUGGCGCCCCCAAUCAAGGCACAUAAUAUUAUUAUUUUUGUUCAGCCAAGUAUUUAGUGAUUAUAUUUAAUAAUUGAAAUAUUGUAAACUGCUGCUAUAAAAAAAUAAGCUAACUUUUAUAUCUAAGGUAGCAGAACCUUAAAUAAACUCAAACGUCUGGAUUUUCGGUGGUCGGUUGCGGCGUCUAGUUAAAUAUAAGUCCGUGGUAUUGUUGAUUGUAAAUAUUUGACUAUUCUAUGAGGUAAUAAUUGUUACAAAAAAAAAAUUAAUGAGGUAAUUUUCCUGAGAUUUACAAGUCAAAAAGAGAGUUGCGUUAAAAAUGUAAAUAAUAUGAUACUAUAAUAAAUAUUAAAUUGCAAAAUAAUAAUGUUAUCGAAAAUAUGAUUUAUUUUGGCGUUUUAAAAAGCUAGUUAUAAGUCUUCCAUGAAAACGCUUAAGAAAAGCUAGCAUCAUAAAUUAAAGUAAAAAAUUAAGUCGCAUUGAUUUUUAUUGUUUUAAACAGGUUGUCUCGUAGUUAAUGGAUAAUAUACAAAUGGUAGUUCAGCUCCAUACAUUUUUUUACAGGAUAUUUUUUUUUAAAUCGGGUCAUCUUAAUGAAAGAAAAAAAUUAUUACAUUCAAAGCUUCUUCUACAACACAAAUAAAACAUUAUUUAUAAAAGUAGGAUUAUAGUACAUUGGUAAUUUAAUCCGCAAUGUAUAACAAUAAUCAUAUCUUUAAUAUCUUAAUUACUACAGUUCCGGCAUUGAAAAAACUGAUUCAAGAAAGAAAAAUUUUAAAAUCCAAAAUAAAAUAUAACUUGGUCACCCUAGGGAUUUUUGGAAAACUAUUCAAAUUAAUUUUAGAUAAUUAGGUUGUGUAUCUACUAUUUGAGUAUUAGCCAUUAGUUACGGGACAACCUGUAUAUUGGCUUUACGCUCUAAAAUUUCUAUUCACACUAUACUAUGGCAACGUAAUACGUUCCACUAAGCGAUCAUAAUGAUCAUAGUUUUUUUCUGUUCCACUUGCUUGUGAGUUACAGAUGAAAUCAUAAACUCAAGCUCAAUUUUGAGUGUUUAUGUCAAAAAUACAAAAAUCUGAUAGAAAAAAAAUAAACUAAUCGGUGUGCUGUCUUGGCAUAACCAAAAGCCAUUAAAUUAAAGAAGAAGAAUAAACUAAUCGGUUGCUCAGUGCUCUUUAUUUACAAAUCUGUAAUGACAGCAAAUAUGUGUUGCCACACUACGAAUUCAUAGGUUCCAUUAUUAAUAAAUCUCUAUAAUCUUUUUAGUCGCACAUUAGAUAUUCCAAAGUAAUUAUGUUACAAAAGGCUAAAUGUAAGCCCAUUUUAAAUGUCGUUAAUUUUUACGUCAAAAAAUUUUAUACACUGAGGUUAGUUUACUAUUUUUAAUCCUAAUAAUUCCAUUAGUUAUUUAAGUUUACAGUGCAAUAUAAAUGUGUGAUUCAUAGUAUCAAAAACUGUAUUUAGCUUUAGAUUAAAAUAACUCUGAAACAAAUGUAAAUGUGAUAUAGAUACAAAAUAUUAUGUUAUUUAUAUGUAUUGAUGUUAUUUAUGAUAAAGAUUACUUUACUUGCUCAAGUAAGUUGCGCACGAAUCCGUGAACAUGCUGCAUAACAUGAUUGUCUAAUAAAGCCAUAUUCAAUGUGCAAUGUUUAACAACAAAAAAAAUAGAAAUGAAUGUAAAAUACAAAUGUCAUUUCAUACCUAGUUUAUUUAAAAUGAUGUAUCGUUUUUUGUUUAUAUAAUGUAAUAAUGGGAUGAGAAUAUGUCAAAAUGGUUUGUAGUCCAGUCAAAUUAGUCCUUAAAAUAGAAAUAAAGUACAAUACGCGGUUUUAACCACGUUAUAAAAAAAGCGCCAAGCACAUUACCUCAUAGGUGGUGUGGAAAUGUGUGCAUAAUACGAAUAAAAUAUUUUUUUCAAUUCUUUUAACCGCUGUAUCACGGAUAUGGCAAUACUUAUGGAAUAAAAGUGUGGAUAAUUUUUUUGUAGAGAAUCAGAUGAUCUACAAUUUUUGUCUAAACUAUUUUUGCCAUAAAACUCAUCGUUUAGCUGAAAAACGCGAGAAACCUAUAUUUGCAAACUUUCACCAUCAACAAUUUUUUUUGCACAAGGUCAAUUGAUGGGGACUUUUCACAAUUCAUUUGUAAUAGUAUUCUCAACAUUCCUACAAAUUUUUAGCUCUAUGGGAACUUUUGUAACCUUCAAAGUCUCAUUUGACUGGAUUAUUGUCUAAAUGCCUUUUCUAAUCCCAUUAUUUAUCCGCACGAAAAGUUAAAAUUUACACUAAAAAAAAUUAUUGUUUCAUAAUAUUUUAUUUAAUAAUAGCAAACUAUAGCACUCUGGGUUAGUGGUAGCUUCCCAAUAGUGAACGAAUUGUUUAGUCAGUUCCGUAGUUCAGUGCAAACAAACAAACAAUCAAACCUUUCCUCUCAAAUAUUAGUAUGGAUUUAAUUUAGAUAUGUAACUAAGUAUUUUAUUUGUAUAUUCAUAUUGUAGAAUAUAAUAAAGUUUAUACUUACAAUACAUAUUGAACUAUUUUAUUGUUACGUUAUUCUAAGAGAAAAGUACUUAGGUAGGUACUGUUUAUGUUCACAAAUUAUGUUAUUUUAUUACCUUCUAAUAUGUAGCAUGUGAAAUUGCAUUUGUGUUCUCGUAAAGGUCUAGUUUUGUUUUACUGUUUUAAGUAAAGAUUAAAUUGAAAAUAAAAUAUC